CCGCCCUUUCACCGAGGUAGCCAUGGAGACCGCGCGAGAGCGAGGCAGGCCUGUCGAGUUCUCACAGCGAGUGUUUCCGUGCACCUAAAAUAAAGAACUGGCGACUCGAAGACAAGGAAACACCGAGCAGGACUGACGGAGCUACACGACGAAAAACUGUAUUUUUUCAUUAUUUUACCACAUUCUGUUUUGGGAGUCAACAUUUUCACAGCCGUUAAUGCCUCGAAUGUGAAACGGAGAGAGGAGGACUCGCUGCUGGUAACCUUUACAUUGGUUAAGCCGUAGAGGACUCUCCCUGGUUGUCGGAGGAAAAGAUGUGCAAUGGAAUGGUAGCGUUUCAGACGAGAGCUCCGUCCUCCUAUUCUUCAUCCUCUUCCUCUACCUCCUCCUCUCUAGCCCACAGGCUGGCUGCCUCCGUGCUUCUCCUCCUCUUCAUCCUGCUCCCCCAUGGUCACGCAUCAGGUUGUGCGCGGCCACCCGGCGUGCAGCACGGAGACCUACUGAACCAGACCACAUCCAACCAGGGAUCUUUUCUCCCUGGUGCCCUGCUAACAUAUGGCUGUGAGCUCGGAUACACUGCAGAUGGACCCACCACCAUCAUCUGUACCAGUUCUGGAGCCUGGUCCCAUCAACCACCACGCUGCAUCAGAAGCAAUGUGUGUUCACCCCCUACCGAACCAGAGAAUGGGGGCUACCGCUGUCACCCGUCUCCCUGCCACCGUCUCACCCAGAAGACAGUCAUCGAGUACUUCUGUGAUGAGGGUUAUGCUCUGAAGGGAGACUACAAGUUCCUCACUUGCCAGAACGGCGAGUGGGAUGGUCCUAUGCAGAUUAGCUGCCGACUCACACAAGACAAGGAGCCAAGCUCUCCGCUGGGUAUACCAGCUCUGUCUAUUGUGGCUUCUACAGCUAGUUCUGUGGCACUCAUCCUGCUUUUAGUGGUGUUGUUUGUCCUUGUACAGCCAAAACUCAAGUCCUUCCAUCACAACAGGAGAGAGCAAGGAGUGUCAGGCCAGUCCAGCUCCAUCAUGGUAGAGGGUGUCCAGGUGACACUGCCCUCUUAUGAAGAGGCUGUAUAUGGAAGCAGUGGACCCUGUGGUGCUUCUGAUCCUCCUCCUUCUCCAUCACCUCCUCCAGCUCCUCCAGAGUCUCGAGUCCCAAUCGUGCUCUCUGAGGGGCUUCCUCAGGGGGCUACAGGAGGCCAAGGCUCCAGCCGGACCCGCCACCACAGAGACUUAGACUUCUGUUUCCCAUCCACCUCCUCAUCCUUGUCCUCCCGCCAUCACGCAGAGACCGUGCUGGUUCAUCAGGCCCCCUCUUCCUCUUCCUCCUCUUCGUCAUCAUCAUGGGCAAGAGAGCACCCUGGGGGUGCAUGUGCAGGCCCUCUACCACUCCGUAGAGACUCUGAGAGCAGCGACCAGCACAGUCUGCUUUCUGUCACCUCUACGGAUGAAUUUUCUGAUGAUAUUCCUCUGUUGAAGGAAGCAUGAAGCCUGCUGACCUGCUAUCAGCAUCAGCAGCAUUGCCCCUCUCUGUCUGUCUCUCAUUGCUGGCCAGAACUGACUGUGGCUGUCAGCCUACUUCCCCAACUCCCCCAACUCCCCCCAAGCAGCCAGCAGAGACAAGACUAGAACUAUGCCCAUUCCCCAUUGCAACUUCCUCUGCCAUUGCUACCCAUGCAGAGCAAAGCCAACAACCAAUACAGAACCAUAAGCAAUGAUGGAGCACCACAGGACCCAGCUACUGGAUCAAACUAAAGACAAGGCAGACAACAUGGUGCCAGCUCAAUAUAAAUCCUGUAGAUCCUGUGUAUAUGAGUAAAACGUACUACGUAAAGGCUAUGUAUUACCAUACACUUGCCUCUACCCAGGUGUAGUCCUCUAUAUUACCAUUGCUUACAGAGGCUUCUUUGGAGAAAGCUUUAGGAUUCGAGACAUUGACUCUGUCUGGGAUCACUGCGAAACAAACAAAAAAAACUUGUGAAUUUCGCUCCUGAUGCUGUGGCGCUCAGAAUCAGAAUCGUCUUCCCGCUGUACUUGAAAAGUUGUGAGUGAUGCCUGAGUUUUUGCGGCCCUCUGUGAAUGCUGCAUGUUGUUUUCAGUUAUUGCUGUCACAGCAUGGUGGCCCACUCUGAAUGAAGCAUGAAGCCUCCUCUCUCUCUCUCUCUCUCUCUCUCUCUCUCUCUCUCUCUCUCUCUCUCCCUCUCUCCCUCUCUCUCCCUCUCUCUCUGUUUCUCUCUCUCGUUAUCUGUGUAUCCGGUUGGCAUCUAGCAUAUGGAUUAGUAGGAGUGACAACCACUUUACAAAAGCUAAAAGCAGAGUGCACCAUGUCACGACUAUAAAAAGACCUGCUUCUUUCUUUUUUGUUGCCAGCUGCACCUAGUAUCUGGAAGGUGCUCGUUCUGUUGCAUGAGUGGGAUUGAUUGGUGUUUUGGUUCCAAGACUGUGCUACACAGCUUAACUGAAUGAGGAAAGGGAGACAUAAUGUCACACUUCGUCUGAGCUAAGGAGAGAGUUGUUGUUGAACAUGGGGAUUGGGCACGUGAGUAAAAUUUAAGGUUAAGUUCAGUUUUCUUCCCACUGUAUUUAUUGUUCAGUGUGUGGCUCAGUUUGCUUUGAAUUUCUAAAUCUGAGUGCAUGUGUGUGUACCAUUGUGUGUCAGCAAGGCAGGAGAUGACGUGUCCUCAUAUGGUAGGCCUUGAUACAGCCCUUUCCUGAUUUGCCUCUCUCUUGAUCAGAUCACGGUGUUCCAGUAAUUCACCACAGGAACAUAGCCUUCCAACUCUAAAAAACAUCACAUGAGCAAAUCAACGUCACUUCAUGUAUUGAGUACAUUACACAACAAGCGUAUUAUUCAUCUGCUCUCAAGCAAGACUACAUUUUAUUUUCUGCUGAAUGGCUGUAUAACACAAGUCUCCUUAGAGGAAGUGGCUCAAGCCCAGCUUCACAAUGAACUAGAGACUCCCCACUUUUGUGCAUUAUUGACAUAAACUGCAACUGGUUGCAGUGAAAUAAUAAAGGUUUUGUGAUAAAGCACCCUACCCCUGUCACAUACACUCACUCACCCCUGUUAUGCCUAGUGCAAAUCUAAGAGAGAAUCAUGUUAUAUUCUGUUAGAAGUCAUCCCGUGUUGUUAUUGCCACUUGAAAAGCUUUGCUGGUUGAGCUGGUCACCCUGGAAACAGCAUGACUCAGAUGGAUCCUGAGAAUUACUUUUUAGGCUUAACUGCUGAGAAAAAAAACACAUAAUAACCUGUCUAAAUUUCUGUUCUAAAUUUUAUUUGGCAUUUGUGGUCUGUCAUUGUCAACGGCUACAUUAUUAACACAAACAACAUGUUGCCUUAGACUUGUUUUUGUUUUGUUUUUGAUGUAUAAUCUUAAGCCUCUGCAUUGGUUGCUUUACAAUAUUGCAACAUGUUCUGUUUUCCCAAUGGCCUUACUCUGUUCUUUUCUAUUCUAUGCAUAAAACGGUCUUUGUGUAUUUAUCAGUGAGUUUACUUUUGCUGUGGACACGACUAAACGAAUGUCCAUUCCUAGCUUUUCCAGCUGCUGUCAUGAUGAUGAUGAUGAUGAUGAUGAUGAUGAACCUAUAAGCAUCUAUAUUUCACUAGUCUUUGGUUUCUCUUUUACUACAAGACUUUAAAAUAUAAUGGGACUGAAAAAACGAAAUUAAUUUUAGAAGCACUGUUGUACGGUGUUACUUCCCUAAAAAGAACAGGUUACAAAGUACACAUCUCAAUUCUUAGUUUCAAUGCUUUCAGCUUCGGUUUUUCCUCUGUACAUGGCAGUGGGUGUGAAGAUAGUAAUUUAAUAUUUGUAUAAAGUUUAAUUUAAUUUUACAGUGUGUAUAUAACUUUCUAAUUAAAGCUUUCUUUUGAAUGUGGAA